AAAGUGAAUGAAAGUUGCUGCAAAAUCUGUUGAAUAUUUCUCCAAAAUUUAACGCUGAAAAUCUUAAGUAAACUUUGAUUAUCAAUGGAAGACCAAGCUAUGUACCAAGCACCUAUAAAUUGGGAGUCAAGUUUAAUUCAAUCGCCAAAGAAACGACGAAAACUUAUCAACAACAACGAGGACGCAAACCACGCUAAUUUUCAUGACGUUUCUCCAACUUCUUUCACUUGUUGUAAAAGAUUUUUACCCAUCAAUUCAAGUAACUUCAUCUACGAGUCUGAGGAGUAUAAAUCUAAGGGAGAGACGCUUUAUGUUCCACUUAGAGAGAGCGUUUUGGUGAACGUACAGAAUAUUGAGCAGUUUUCUUUCAAACAAGGGUCGUUCUUCAUUGGCGACGAGUCAUCAAGAUUUAGCAAAGUUGUACAAGGUGUUGCAUUACAUUUAUGGCGCUAUAGUGAUACACAGCAGAAAUUGUACAUAUCAAGGUCUUUCGUAUUCACCAACAUCCAGGUAUUUAAUGAUAUAAAGAAGAUAUUGGACUUCAUGUGACAAAUCCUGGACCUUCAGCCGUGGCAUAAAUUUGCACUGCUAUCCUGAUGUGGGUGACGGAGCAUGACUAUAGGUUAGAGAACAGGAAAGCACUGGAAAGGCAGUGAUUUGAGUUAUCCUCUCCCCUCUGUUAUGAGGAAAGGUGGAUAUUUUCUUGCCGUACAUGAUAUACCCUCCUCAGACCCACCCCACCCCUUGGAAAUUCCAAACCCCCUCCAUGGGGGAGGUAUGAAUAUUUCUGGUACUACACAAUGUAUCCUCCUCAGACCCAUCCCACCCCUUGGAAAUUCCAAUCCCCCUCCAUGGGGGAGGUAUGAAUA